GGUUAUUGUUGCUAUUGAACGGGGAUCAUAUGAGGGAAGCAUAUCUGAUUGGAUUGCUAUAAAAAAGCUGCGGUAAAUUCUGUUAAAAUAUUCCAAGUUUUGUCUCCAUCAAGGAAGCACCUCGUCGUUGAUUUGCUCUACAAAGAACCAUAUUUCAAGAUGAAAUUCGCUGUUGUAGUACUUUGUGUCGCUGUUGCUGUCGCCCAAGCGGCUUUGACCCCCAUCCUCCCAGCUGCCACUUUAGUCCGUACACCACAAUUGGAUUCAGCUAUUAUCAGCUCAGACCGGGUUGGCGCCAAUUUUGCCUACAGCACCGUUGAAGGACAUGCCUACCAAGCUGUUGCCCCAUUCUUCAGAGCUGCUUAUCCAGUCGCCUUGAAUUACGACAUCAAUGGCAUUCCAUUGGCUCUCCCAGCUGUUCAACAAUAUAUUGCUGCUGCUGCCCCAUUGCCACUCCUUUCGCCAUUGGCACCACUUCCAGCCCUUCAAGUCGCUGGAAUUGAAGCAGGAAAAACUGAGAAGCCAGAAGGAGAAGGCGCUGCUGCUGCCGCUGCUGAAAGCAAACCAGAUCAACCAGAAGGUGCUAAGGCUGAGGGCGAUAGUGUGACAGUCGAAACUGCUUAAGUUGAUGGGUAGGAUGUUGUCAAAUAAAAAAUGGUAAAUCAUC